AUGCGACUGCGCAGAUUUAAUCCGACUGCUGAACAUGUGCCAGGGAAAAAUCUUGUGGUUCCCGACACCCUCUCGAGGAGUCCGUUAACUGGGAACUCCGAGGAAACAGAGGAGGAAGUCAAUCUUUACGUAGACUCUGUCGUAAGAAAUCUUCCAAUAUCUGACCAACGACUAGAGCGCAUUCGAUUAGCUACUGUAGAUGAUCCAGAAUUGUCUGAAGUUUUGCAGAAAACUCAGAACUGGUGGCCAAACCAUGAGAGAUCACUGAAAGCAGAAAUCCGACCAUAUUUUACUGCAAGAUCGGAACUGUCAGUUUUGAAUGGCAUUCUGAUGUACAGAGACCGAAUUGUUAUUCCAGAAGCUCUUACACCAGAAACCUUAAAAGAUAUACAUUCAGGACAUUUAGGUCUUAAUAAGUGCCGUGAACACGCACAGGGAGCAGUAUGGUGGCCUGGAAUUUCAACUGACAUUGAGCGUACCGUUAAGUCCUGCGAAUUCUGUCAAGUUCAUCAACCAAAACAGAACCGAGAGCCGUUGAAGACAACAGCCCUUCCAUGUCGUCCAUGGCAAAAGAUCGCUGCAGAUCUAUGUGAGCUGAAAGGUAGACAUUUCUUAGUAGUUACAGACUAUUUUUCUCGUUAUCUGGAAAUUGCUUACUUGGAUUCAUUGACUAGUGCUCAUGUGAUUGGAAAACUCAAGAAUAUAUUAGCUCGAUGGGGUAUUCCUGAGGAAUUGGUAACCGACAAUGGCACCCAGUUUACAUCAGACUCUUUCAAGAAUUUUGCUGCUAAGUAUGGAUUUGUGCAUACAGCCACUAGUCCUCACUACCCGCAAGCGAACGGUGAGGCUGAAAGUGCAGUGAAGACCGCGAAACGCAUAUUGCAGCAGGAAGACAUCUUUAUUGCGCUUAUGGCAUACCGUUCAACACCCAUUUCAACAACAGGAAUCCAUGAUCGGUUUCCACUACAUACGACCUAG